GAAGAUUGUCUAUUGUACCGUACUGUUGAUCACGUUCGACGGAGCGUUAGCCUGCUGGAAAUCCUUUCAAGCGAUACUUGCCAGUGAUUUGCCCCCCACACUGUUUGAGUGGUUGAGAGUGUCGCGUUUUGAUGUUUCGUUUUCCCCUUUGUUUUGCUUUUCAUUCUGGAUAGGCGACUCGUGUACUACCAGCAAGAGGCGGAAAACACCUACUGAAACGAGAACACCGGAAGUUCUGAGACACUAUCGAGUGCGCACGGCUUUCCAGUACGUACAACAGAAUUAUCGCGACUAACUGUGCGGAAAGCGAACGACGGCGACAACGUCACAUGCAUUAUAAGUUUUAAAAAUAACUAUCAGUCCCGAAUCGUGCAGCGUGAGGCGAUAUUUUUUACAACGUGAAAAUCUGUCUCGGUGGAAAACACAGUAGCGACGACCACGGCGACGCGCCGCAAGAAGGAAAAUUGACUUACCGCGCAGAGGGGCUCGAGGUUUGAGGCGCAAAACGUGAGUGUGUGUGUGCAUUUCGAAGCAAAUUGUUCGCUCUGAAAGUGUGUUGUUUGAUGAACGCAUAAAAUAUUUUUUUCAUAUAACGAACAUACAAGCGCACAGAAAAUAGCGGCCGCGUAAUAAUCGUGAAAUCAGGAAAGAAGCGAACAGAAAAAAACACAACAUAUCCACGGCAUACCAUCCAAGGAAGAAGCAACGGUGAGAUAUAGGAAAGCAAUAUAGUAAUCAGUGAUAAAUGAUAAAAAGCUGCAAAUUAAAACAAAAGUUGAUUACAGUGAGGUAGCAAUUUCGGAGCUAAGCAACAACCGCUGGGUGAUACAUAUUUAUGUGCUUUUCAUUGCGUUACCCUAAAAUAUUAUUUCCGAGGCGCACACAACCAAUCACACGGGCCAAAUCGGAAGAGGACCGAUAGACUCUGGUGGAUAUCUUGGAUUUUUUUCUAUUCGGAUCGGAUGUGAUUCCAUUAAUCGCGGUGAAGAUAGUGAACAAAGUUUUUCUCGGUUUCCACAAUUGAAACCCAAGUAAGACAAUAAAAUCGGAUGCAAUAUUCAACGUUUCUAUUGGACCAUCUGCGAAACUGCUUCUUACCCCUCCAAAGCAGCUUUUCCUUACUGUAGCAGUGGCAGCAGCAGGUCAAAAAGGCAACAGCCAUACGCGUUUUCGUUUGAAGAUAAUUAUAUUCAAAUUUUGAAUUUCGAGCUUGGAGAAAAGGUGAGAGCUGGAUCAAUAGCACAGUAGUUAACCGAGAAGAAUAAGAAAAACAAGAAGUAUUUGAGAAGUGCAAUCGUUGCUCAGUCAAACUACAUUGAAGAUAGCAUCACAAAUUUCGAUGCGGCCAAGCCCAACUCAUCCCAACCGGCGAAUGAAAUCUGUUAGGUCAAGUGGUACAACAACAACAGUGAGAAAGUCUAUAGAGCCUACGGUGGAUUAAAGCCAGUGCAAUUGGAAAAGGAUCUCAUUAAAUGUGUAAUAACCAAAGUACACGUUAAACAAAAACUACAAUCAUAUAUUUACGCACACUUUAAAAUCAACCCUAAACCACAUCACAGUGAGUGAGUGAGUGAACGCAGUUCAAUCCCCAAAUGCGAAGCCAAAGAAAGAAAUUCAAUCUGUGAUUUUUGUUCAUUUUGUGUUAUAAAUUAUUUGUGCGCGUUCUUUGCUGGUAAAAGGAAUCGGAAAUCCCGCUAAAAAAUUACAAUUAGCAACUGCCAACUGUCUGAGAAAGCCCGAAGAGGAAGAAAGCCUUUCACAAAGUAUCCCGGGGGUAUUUGGAACCAAUAACAACAUCGGUAACGAGUGCGAUUCAAACAGCAAAAAAAACAUGUUGAUGCAAGUAUCACAGGACGCGGCCGACGCGCUUGCGUUGGUCCCAACGGCAGCGACCGCCACGACUGGCGUACAACAGAAGGACACCACCUGGACGAAAUUGUUCGUCGGCGGCCUACCGUAUCACACCACCGACAAAAGCCUGCGGGAGCACUUUUCCGUGUACGGUGACAUCGAGGAGGCAGUUGUGAUAACGGACCGGACGACGAACAAAAGCCGAGGCUACGGAUUCGUCAUUAUGGGGGACAGAAUGAGUGCGGAGCGAGCGUGCAAAGAACCAAAUCCGAUCAUCGAUGGCCGAAAAGCAAACGUUAAUCUGGCUAUCCUAGGUGCGAAACCACGAGGCAAUAUUACACCUGGAUUCCCCUUCACAGCGGCAGGCCUACGAACAGGAUAUCCUAUGCUACCAAGCCAGUUUGGAGUACCACAGUCAUACAUCUAUGGAGCACCGUAUCUGGGAACAGCGGCUGGAUCGACAGGAGCUGCUGCAGCCGCAUCGGGGCUGGUUCCGAUUCCAGCCACGCAAUUGUCGCAUGCCGCUGCCAUUGCAGCUGCAACUAGCCAAUUCUACGAAUAUCAGAAUGCUGUAGCUGCCGCCGCUGCCGCACCCUACCCUGGCCAGUACAGUGGGUUCGAAGCGUAUCCGUACGCUGCCGCUGCCGGUGCUACAGCUGGAGCUGCUGCUGCGGCUGCUCAGUACAUGGCAGCACCGUACACCUAUGCCACGCUACCGCAAGCAGGAGCUGCUGCAGCCGGUGGAUAUCCGGGUUUGUCGCCAUAUCAAAACGCGGCCAAUGCCGCGGCCAACGCUGCCCUGCAGGAGGCACGACUUCAAUAAUAUUUACCGAAAACAUCCUCUGCGUUGUCGCUACUGACACUGCUAGGUGGUAUCGAUAAAACAUAGAGCAACGCAACACACUCUAGCGGAGUAGAGUGAUACUUUGAAGAAAAAAAAAGUCCGACGGCAACCGAUGGUAGAGCAGCAGACAGAGAGCAGCAGCAGCUAGUUUAGCUAGGCAGUUCUUUUUUAAUAUAGAUAUUAUGUAGUACUUAUGCAAAUAGUAGCUCCUAAGUAACCAAUUAUUUACCUAUCAAAAGAUUAUUAUUAAAAUUGAUAUUGAAAUCAUAAAUUAACCUAUUUAUUAUAAACUAGUUUUAUACGGCCGGAACUUAUUAUUUACUAAGUAAUAAUAAAACAAAAGCUCAACUCUAAGACAUAUGAAUAUUAACAUUAAACAUCCUUUAAUUAUUAUUAUUAUUAUUAUUAUUAUUAUUAUUAUCAUUAAAUAUUAGUUGUAAAUGAUUCUAUUAUACACGAAAAAAUGCAGCUACCAUUGCAAUACAAUAUUUUAACUCUUCCUUUUGUCAAUCAACAAAAAUCCACAAUAUACAAAAGCAAUACAUUUCAUAGUAAAACGGAACGGAAAUGUAAUCAAUACUAUCAAAGUGGCACGUUUACUUAACCUACUGUCAACUAAAUACCCUUGCGCUUCAUGCUCGAAAAAAGAAAACAAUUAUUUGAACCAGCAACCCAACGGAACCUAUUUAAAAUCAUAUUUUGAUUUCACUCGACGAACACCCAGUUCGUUGGAAUCGAACAAAAAAGAACGAUUUCAUACAUAAUUAAUUAAACAUUAGUGAUAUUUAUCAAUUAUGAAGUCUACUAUUAAUAUAUGAAAAUUAACUAUUUAUACACGACCAGAGAGAUACUUCAAACAAGAGAGCCACGACAUGUUCUGUUAACUAAGUAAAAUCGUCAUAGCUAACUAACAUCACUCGAAGCGAUCAACUGACAAGCGUAAGAUUUCUUUUUCGAAACAAAACAUGUGAGAUAACUGAAAAGAAUACCAAAAUGUCCAUUUAUGUUUCCUCUUAGCUUUUUUUCAUGUGCGUCGUCAUAUAUAUUAAAAUCUACGUUCUUUAAGUGAAACCAAACCGUCACCAACAAGUUCUUUUUUGUUUAGUAAUUACUAGCGAAACACGGAGGGGAGGCGAGAACAAGAUGAAUCGAAAUCUAGUCAAAUGUUUUGUGUGUGGAUUAUUUAUUUUGUUGAUAGAUCAUAUUUAGUAAAAUCAAGCGAAUUCGCAACAGUCCCAAUCUUCAUCAUUUCAUAUACUUUCUUUCAAUUUAUUUGUUUUUCUUUCAACAUUCAUUGAUUCAGCUCCUGACUUUCUAACCGAGAAGAAGAGACUUUUUCAGAACCUUAGAGAAAUGCAAGUAGUACACAGAAUCUUAACCUCAAAUAGCUAAACAACCAAAUACAGAAAAAAGGAAACAUGCCCCCACAGAAUCAUCCACUCGAUAAAAGCAACCGGCAAACGAAAUAAGUAAAGAAUGUUAAUAAAAAUCUUAUCAAAAAUCGUGCCUUCUUGUGCUGAAAAUUGAGCGAUAAAUGAAUCACACCCUACGAAUGGAACCAACUGUAAACAUAAUAGCUCCAACGUGACAUCUCCCCAUAAUGAAUAGCAUUUUGUCGUGGAAAAGAAAGUUGGAUAAACCAAACGAAGCGCACCACCAAAUUUUGACAAUAUAGAGUUAAACGAUACAAAGAAAAUCUAUACAAAAAAACCGUGGAAAUAGAGUAUUCUUCGUAGGAAACCUUUUAAGCGAAAGACGUAUUUUAAAAAAAAUCUUUUAGAACAAACAAAAACACGAUUUUUUGGUUUCAAAGAAGGUAAAAACUUAAUUGAUACUAGUUAUCGUAUCUUGUACUGGAAAAGUUCUCUUAUAGUAGUUGCAAUGAAAACAAACCCUUAUACAGAGAAUUCCACCAAGUCAUGGAAUCAACGUUAACAUCUUUUAUAUGAUAGACAGACAAACCCACACAAUCUCAAUACUUUUGUCUGAGACAAAACAUACUCUUGUACGAACCUUUAUUUCUAGGGAGACUUGUGCUGCAUUCGGCGGGCACAAAAACUGUCUUUAUUUGUUGAAGAUUUCUGUAAGCUACUACGUGGAACAGAAAGUGGCGAAACCUUGACUAAACAAAUAAAAAAAAACUAAGAAUAGCAAUAGCAGUUUCUAGUGGUUAAGUUUAAAAUGAAGCCCUAUUAUUGAACAUGAAGGAAUCUCAUUAUUGCAAUUGAAAACUAUUUGAAAAAAUUGACCCUCAAUUUGUGGUGACUAUUUUAAAAAUGUAAAAAGUUACAGAAAGAAUAAAACGAAUAUUUGUUUAAGGCGAAAGUAUUUUAUACUUGGAAUGAAAAAACUCAAAGUUGAAAAAAACAGAAAGAAGCAGUAAACAUAUGAAGGUAAAUUCUUUAGAAUGAAAAAAAAUGGAAAAUAUCAAUUACUUUAAUAUUUAACAUAUUAUUACAAUUUAACAAUAAAAAAGAAAUCAUAUUGCUGAUAAAUACAACAACUCGAAUUACCAAGUGGAACCAAAAAAUCACAUACACUUACAUACAGAGAUAAGAAGUAGCAAGAGAUGAGCAGUUGUAUUUCAGAAAAAAAAAAUGAUUCUUAAUCAGUGACAAAGAAGGUAAACAAACAAGAAAUAAUUAUUAUACAAGAUUAGAAACUAUAUAUUUAAAAUAAAACAUACAAAAACUAUUGAAA